GCUUUCAGAGAGAGGCGGAUCAUUGUGUCCAAUGUUUCUCCACAGCGCUGACUUGAACCUUUCUCCUCGAACAAAACGAUUCCCAUUGAGAUAGCUGAGAGUCGGGUUUCCUCUCGUGGAGAGGAGCUGGAGGUGGACUAGGGGGAACAUCACAAUGAUCAACACCAUGGAAUGCGCAGUGGACGCGCAAAGCUUGAUCUCCAUUUCCUUAAUGAAGAUCCACAACUCCAGGACGCAGAGAGGGGGCAUCAAGCUGCACAAAAACCUGCUGGUCUCCUAUGUGCUGAGGAACGCCAGACAGGUCUACAUCAAGGAGAAAUACGCGGAGAUCUAUAGGAUGCAGCAGUACGAGGAGGUGAUGACGGUCUGCAACGAGAUCCAGGAGCUCAACCCGCUGGAUCUGGACGCAGAGGACGCAGACGAUGAGGAGCAGACGCGGGCUGCUUGCUGCGGCGAAGAGGCGAGUCUGUGCGGCUCUGCGUGCCACCGAGGCGCGGCGCAGCCAGCGGCGCACGCCCGGGCACCGAGCGCUCUCUCCGGCUGCUCUCCCCUCGAGGACGGCGGCAAGGAACCGGAUCCCUCCUACUAUCGAAGCUGCUGCAUGGAGGCUUCCCCUGUGUCACACUGUGACCAGUUUCCUGCAAACAGCACGCACUGCAACAAAACCACAGUGCUGGACUUGGACACGCAUGUGGUGACCACGGUGGAGAACGGCUACCUCCACCAGGACUGCUGCUGUGACGCGCUCCAGUGCGGCCAGGGCGCGCAGUCCCCUGCCAAGAAACGAAAGGUUGAGUUCGGCUGUUGUAUAUCCGACGUUGAGGAAAUAUCGGAUUUUACAGCGGCUCGCAAACGGGCGAAACGGGAGGACUGUUCCUACUCCAACCUAGACUACACAGACACUUCCAACAUCUCCAAUCUGAUCUCCAUCUUCGGCUCGGGGUUUACAGGGCUGCUGAGCAGACAGGCGGACUUGGAUCAGAUCUGUAGCAAACAGGUCUUGGCCAGUCUGGGGGCAUGGACCCGAGCGAUUGUGGCGUUUUGAAUCAAACCCUUUAUUAUUUUAGAAGAGACCGGGGUCAGUUGUACCGUGUUUUUCCACUAAAGUAUUAAACCAAACCCAGUGGAGAGCUGUUUUUUUUCUGCCAGUCUUUGUUGCGGAACGUUUUUUCCAAAUUCAGGAGAAUGUUCUUAACAAAGUCAACGUUCCCAUAUUGUUCUCCAAGAACAUUUCGUAUGAGGAUGUAAUUUGUGGAACUUUUUCCAUAGUUACUCUUUCAGCAAAUGUUAUGUGGAGAGCUUUAUGAAAUGACCUGAAUUAGUGACACUAUUUACGUCUCCAUGGCGGAAUGUUCUCUGAAACCUUCCGGGAAUGUUCUCAGAACAAAUAAAUCAAACCAGAACGUUUUCGGAACAUUACAGAGAAUAACUGGGAACAUUAGGGAAAUGUUGCAAGCUCAUUGGAAAACCAGUUUUCUGUACUGUUCCAUGUCCUCGCUUGUGCCAAUAGUGAAAGAUGUGUAGAAUAGAGCUCCAUGGUUGAGGUCAGUCGUAAUGCUGCAAAAAUUCAACUUUUCUUGUCCCCAGUUUCUGUUUGGUCAGGAGCAGAUGUAAUUAAACUGCCCAGUGAUGGUUACUGGUUUGGGGUUUAUUAAUUAAGUUUUAACAUAAAGUGUAAAAACAUAGUAGUUGGCCAAAUUCUAACCCUGUUAACUUAUUUUUUCAUCACUACAAAUGUUCAUAAUUCAAUAUGUGUCAAAGAAUUUCAACAUUUAGUUAAGUCCCUUUUGACAUGCAUCACAACUGACCUCUUAGUGUCACAGCAGAAUACCAUGUGCUGAAAUCUCAACAUCGGAUUGGCUAACCUCAGCAGCAUACUUGUAACAAAAACAACAAUUCAAAAUAUAUGGAAGAUAAAAGUACCAAGAGUUAUACCUCAAAGCACAUCUUUGUCCUGGAAAAAAAAAAAAAAAAAAUCAAUAACAAAUGUGAGAGUGGUUCAAUGCACUGGGUGACAUCACACACACUUGUUUCUGAUUGGAGGAUAUGGCAGUGUUACAACUGAGCCCGGUCUCCUCCACAAGGUCUAAAUCAACUUUAUUUUUGCAGGAAAAAGAAAAGCUAUUUAAAAAAAUGACAAUUAAUGACAAUAGUUUUGGCGGGGAGAGGACAGAGUUUGUGCCAUAUAUACCAUGUACAGGCUGUCCUGUUGUCAGAAUGGGAGAUACAUGUGUUCAGAAUACACUUUGUGACUGAUGAAAUGGAUUGAGAUUCCGUUGCCUUAAAUCAAAUGCACACCACUGCUAGCUAUUGUCAUAAAUUAAAAGUACAUUGAAAGUGAGUGAAUGUCUCUCCUAAUCUGGGCUGAGGAACCUUUUGGGGGGAAAAACCCUUCUGUUGGACCUUGCACAUUCUGAGCAGUUUAUUGUCACUACGUUCAAAACUCCCUCCUAAACACUUGUGAGGUACAUGGACUCUGAACCAACUCAUAUCACUUAAUGGAGUGCCAACACUUUCAUAAUGUAACACUUUUUGGGCUUUUACUGUGGUUAUCACUUCACAUCCACUCACAGUGUGUGACGGUAAACAGUCCGGGUUAUUUUGGCAGUUUGACGUCUGACCCCUCUUAAUCAUGGUUGUUGCUCAAAGCCUUCACAGCAGUUCAUAAUUCCAACAUGUCUUGGUUUUGUGAGUUUUACUUUGUUUUGUUAAAGAAUGAUCUUAGUCCUUUUGUUUUAAAAAGGCAAACUCAUGAUUUAGCCAUAACCUGAGAAUCCACGCAUUAGCUUUAUGAGCACUAUGUGUACCAAAAUAAAGAGAGUAUUCAGCCAUUCUCUACAUAUUUUGUUGUUAUUCUUGUAUUUUUGUGCUUACUAAAUUGUAUAUCACCGGGUAAAACUGUUGCAGAAAAUAUUUGUUAAAAAUUUAUAAUCUU